AAGCUGCUCUGGAAAUGACUUUCUCAAAAUUGGAAAAUGGCACACUUUGAGCGUAGGGAGAAGUUUUUUCGUAGUAAACAAUAUUGGCUCGAAACAUGGGAUCAUGAGGUAAAGUACUUCAAUAACAAUGUGUGGAAUGAAGAAAACAUCAAGGCGUUCGAUUUUUGCCUAACGCCUAAAGCAUGUGAAGUUCUUAAAUAAAACGUGAACAAAACACGAU